CUUGCAAAGCAUACCCGAGAUAUCUAUUCGACUUAUACAUUUCAAUAUCAAGCGAAAAGAAACGGUUGAUGAUAUAAAAUGUCAAAAUAACAAGCCUAUAUCUUCUGAAUUCCUUCUUUUACCACGAGCCGGGCUGCCACGACGAACAACGUCUUGCACCAUGGAGCCAGAAGUCCAAAAAGUACAUCAAUUGCUUGCUGCCAAAGAUGAUACUUCACGCUUCGUCGGCCUGCUUCUCUUGAAGACCACCCUUGAUAACCAUGCUUCGGAUCUACAACAUGAACAAGUCAUAGAACUAUGGAAUUCUAUAUCGCCGAGGUUCCUCGAUCGACUGAUCCGUACGGGAUCACACCCGGCCUCUCAGCAACGAAAACAGUCGGGGGAUAUGCUGGACGUGGCUGUUGCUGUCAUCUACACUUUCACCAAACUGUUGAACGAUUGCGCUUCGAAUGAGAAGUUCUAUGCACGUAUACCGAAUUUAGCAAACGCUGUACUCUAUAGCUCCGAAGAGACUACGCGGCGGAUAGUCGACCUCAUCCACGUACUUGUUCAGCAAGCCCCUGAUCAAGCUGUGGGUGGCGCAACAUGCUUUGCUCAUCUUGAUGUUAACAGCUGGGCACCAUUGAUUGAGAUUGCGCCCCAGCAUGAGACUGUCCUCUCCAUUUUCCACUGGGCCUGGAUCAAUGGCAGUGCUACUGCUCCAGUGGAAGAGAUGAGGUCGAAAAUCGAUAAAGCUCUUCUGUUAUUUGUUUCGUCAUUCAAAGGUCAACUUCCAACAUCACUCCUCGAUUUCAUCGCACUCGUCUUCGAAAAUUUAAAUCCUAACCUCAGGCCAUUGGAUUUGCGAUGGCUUCAACCUGUGGCUCGAUUGAUACACGAUAUGGCCUCUAAUAAGCAGACGGCAGACGGUCGGAGAGCCUAUAUCAAUUGUGCCGCCGCUCUUCUGGCUGCAUACUCUGAAAAGGCCGCGAAACCUCUGUUCUCUGACGAUCCAGAUACCCCAAGGCCAAUCGCAUACCUUUUCAUCAAGAUGGUACAAGUAGAUAUUCUUUCUACCUUGCAUCUCUUAAUACCUAAAGUCAAUACUACAGAAUAUCCCUCUCUAUCACGCCGAAUUGCUGCAGCUCUCGACAUCAUGACCUCAUUUGUUGGUUUCCUGAUCACUGCUGCCGACGACACAGACAUGCAGAAAGCUUUGACGCCAGAGAGAAUUCUGAAGCUGCACGAAGAUCUUAUUAAGACAAUUGGUGAUGUGAUGGAGUAUCUUCGAGAUCGCUGGGAUGAUUUUCUAGCGGGUUCCCGUGGCAUAGAAUCGCCGCAGAGUUCUGGGCGGAGUAUAUUUGAGGAUCCAAUAACCCCGGCGGCAGUCCGAUUCGUGGCCACUUGGCUCCGUGAUGACGAUGGUGAAGCCUUAAGGUCGCAAGCUGCUGGCCUCAUCGACCUCUUCACCGAACUGUACAAGAUGAAUAUGUCUUCUACCGACGUACCUGAGUUGCGCCUACCGAUCCUUGCAGCACUUGAAGGUAUCCUUCAGACAUCUGAUGGCCGCGAAGCUUUCCAUAACAGUGACCUCCUACCACAUUGCCUAUACCCCGACCUGCGCGCAAUUCUUACUGGGCAGGAUACGGCGUUAUCUACUGGCGACUAUAUUCGGGGCUCUGCUAUUGUGCAGACUUUCCACAUUCUAGUAGAACAUGAUGAAAGCUCACGGCCUCAUCCUGGCUCGGUCGAUUUGCUAGAAAUCAUUGCAAAAUGCGAUUACAAGCCAGCCAAGGCUGCGGCGGGUAUUUCGGAUCGUUCGUAUCUUGACUUUUAUACUGAUUUGCUGGAGUUAGCAGUAGCAUUACUAAAUGGUACAUCCCGCGGGGCUCCAUUAAUCCUUCAACAAAACAUUAAGGCAUCCCUUCAAAGUUUGGUGUCGGAAGUUCAGCAGAGCUGGAGUGCUUUGAAUGAUGAAAGCAUGACCGAAAGAAUGGCGGAGCUGAAUUUUGAUUGAGACGACUGUCCGAUACGGCGGAUUAGCCACAAAAUGCCCGUUCAUUGCAAUAUACAGUAGCCACAACGCACGCCCAUAAGACUCUGAACAAUACCGGCUCUCAAUCGUCAUAACUGCACGUUAUAUGUUAUACCUACAGCGCAGCUCUCCGAAUAACACUACAACCGGAACAGCUCUGGUGGUUUGAUAAGAUGUGUGAAACUAAAAGGCCUUAAGACUCAGGUUUUUACGCAAAGCUCUAGAUGCUGCCUUCCUCAACCCCUGCUUGUCAGCCACUACGGACCCUAAAGCUUGAAGCACCAUGCUGUUACGCAAGAUUAUUCGUAUCACAUGUCUGCGUAGAUUGCCCCGUGCUUAAGCGAUGAUUACCACGGAGAUCGAUCAUACUGGUCCUCGGCUUUAUAAUUACCAUUGCCUAAGCUAACAGAGUUGUGCCAGUUCAGCCUUGGCCUUGACUAUCUUAAAGUGUCUCUCAACAUCGCAAAGAGGGCGAUAGAACUAGGAUCGGGUCAAUGAUAGCUGGAGUAGUAGCUAAAAGAGACUAUUGCCAUUAUAGAUCUUAUCACAGUACAACAUGAGUUAAAUAAAUAGAUAGACUUGGUGUUGCUGGUAUUGUGUACUUUGCUGCUAUAUCACAAUCAAAGUGCAGUUGACUCCAUACUCGACAUCUA